GCCUUGAGACCGACAUGCUUCAGAAUUUACUUCAUCCGGACCCUUUGACCUAACCAAUCAAAUCUAUUGCGCAUGUGCGACACUUAAACGUUUUCUACCGACGCGUGCAGUAAGCUGACACCAUGUAUCGGGCAUUCUCUCCAAACCUGCUUCGACCCAACCUGCCCUUGAGGAAGCCAUCAUCGGGCCCCGUGGCUCUCUCCACCCCGAGGCCUCCGGCCCCGUCGCCGCCUCUCUCCUUGCCCGAUGCUACGGCUGCGUGCACCGUGUCGGGCGCCAUUGGAGACGCCCUGACGAAUGUAUCAGCUGGCAGGGAUCAAUCUGCAUUCUUUGAAUCCACACCACCACCCCUGACUGUAAAUUUCUGCAACUACUGUGGUCAGCAAGGAAAUUUGCGGUGCAAGCGCUGCAAGAAGAUGCCUUACUGCUCCGUCGCGUGUCAGACAGAAGACUGGAAGGCACACAGACGCAUGUGCAAGCCCUUUGAUCCAGAACCUCAAAUUGAAAAACCUAAAGAAACUACAGCUUCGCCAUUGGCAGGAGACGGAGGCAGCCUGCCUGAGUCAAAGCAAAGUGAUGCAUCCAGCCUCCAGAGAGUCUAUUUGAAGGACUUGCACAUGACUAAAAUCAUCAAGGGAGCCGACAUCCAGGCAUCUGUCUUAGAGUUCUACAGCCCUGGCAGGUUUUUCCUUCUUGCCCAAAACCCCAAACUUCUGGAAGCUCUGCAAAACAUCAGCACAGAGCUUCAGAAAACGUACAGCUGCCCAUCGGUGACGACAUAUGUUCCCCAUGUUGGAGAAGUUUGUGCGGUUAAGUUCUCCUGUGAUCUGAACUGGUACAGAGGACUUGUCCAGACCUUAACUGCUGACCAGAAGACUGCUAAUAUCCUUUACAUUGACUUUGGCAAUGAAGAGAAUGUCCCCGUGGACAGGAUAAAGCCCCUGGCUGCCAAUAUCCAGCCAUUUUCUCCUUGCGCAAUGCAGUGCCGUAUCAGCGGGGUGGUGCCAACGGCUGGCAGCUGGUCGUCAGAGUGUUGUAUUUUAGUGAAACCGCUUUUGGCCGGCAAGAUUUUGACCACUAGGAUGGUGGAAACACAUGAAGAUGGUUGCACACAUUCUGUGGAUAUCACACUUCCUAUGGGAAAGAAUUUAAGCAGGUUUCUCCUUGAUCACGGUUAUGCAGAGGAGGAAGCUGUCAACACAGCACCCACUAAGAAGGAAAUAGACGCUAUGGUGACUGCGUCUUUGGACAACUUCAGACGUCUCUCCGAUGGAAAAGAUGACAACACUUGGGCUCAGCUACCAGAGCCACUGACACAGGCAGUGGGGGACGCCUUCUACGUUUUGAUCACCCACUUCCAGUCACCCAGCGAAAUGAUUGUACAGAAGGUCGAGAACGCCGGUGUGAUUCGGGAGUUGCAGCUGAAGCUGCGGGAACACUGCUCUCAGGCCCCAGCGCCUCAGAACUUCAGGCCGGCCCCGGGCACAGUUUGCUGCGCACAGUUCUCAGAGGACAAACAGUGGUACAGAGCCAAAGUUUUGGGUUAUUCAUCAGAGGAACGCAUCUGUGUUGGCUACCUUGACUUUGGCAACUCUGAGGAAGUGGACUUGGCCAACCUGCAGCCUAUCAGCACUUCCCUACUGGCCAUGCCAAUGCAAGCUAUACCUUGUGGUCUAGCAGGUGUGCGACCAGUUGGGGAGAGCUGGACAGAAGACUGCGUGCUGGCUCUGCAGCGGAGGGUAGUGAACCGAAUACUGCGCAUCGAGAUCACGGGAGAACAUGACGGCAAGCUGCUAGUGACCAUGAUCGACGAGGCCAGCGAUCCUCAGGCCAACAUGGCCGAGCUGUUGAGCUCUGCUGGCUUCGCCAUUCCGGUCCCCACCGUUAGUGACCAGCAGGCGGAAAAGACAGCCAGUGCUGCUGUGGACCCCCAAGAGCCUACCGCCGCCUGUGAGCCUCUGGUGUGGUCUUGCACUCGGCUUCCCUGUGAUGGCCAGACAGUGGCACUGCUCGCCAGCGUCGUGGAGAACCCUCAAGAGUUCUACUGCCGCGUCAACAACCCCACAGACCAUCAGCAGCUGAUAGAGCUGGGAGCUGAGUUGAAGGAGCAUUGUGAGGCAAAGGCGUCACCUUUUGUACCCAAAGUAGGGGAGCCCUGUUGUGCCAUGUUUCCUGGCGAUGGAAAGUGGCAUCGGGCGAUGGUGAUGGGUCUGUCGGAAGACGUGUCUGUCUACUUUGUGGACUAUGGUUACAGCAUGAAAGUUGAAAAGAACCACCUUCGAUCCAUUACAGCCCGACUCCUGACUCUACCCUUUCAGGCUAUUUGCUGCUGGCUCACAGGUGUGGAGCCUGUGGGGUCAGAGUGGACCAGUGAGGCCAUGCUGUACUUCGAUAGGCUGGUGGAUGGCAAGCAGCUUUCUGCACGUGUCCUUUCCGUCACCGAUCAGGGUUACGGUUUGAAGCUGGAAAGCCGUGGGAAGGAUGUGGCAACUGCCCUCAUCUCUGAGCAACUGGCCAAAGAUCCUGGGGCGCUAGAAGCAGAAACUGUCUCUGGACACACGCACCAAGAAAAAGGGCAGGAAAAUGACCACAGCCCAAAACAUGCACACUCCAACCAGGCGACCGGAGUCAGUUUGGAAGAAAUGCCAACCGAGGACCGGCUUCCAACGCCAUCAAAAGCCCCUGGUUUCCCAGUGGACUGGAAGGCAGUGGAGCUGCCUCUCAACACCCCCUUUCAGCCUCGUGUUGCUGCUAUCAGCGGCCCUUCUCUCUUCUACCUGAUCAUUCCCGUUCAGGUGGACCAGCAGAAGCUUCAGGAGGUGAUGACAGAGCUGGCCGCCUACUGCUGCGACAUUCCGGCCUCUUUGUCCUCCAGUGUCUCGUGCAAACCGGCUGUUGGAGCUGCCUGCUGCGCCCGGUUCUCUGCCGACAACAACUGGUACCGUGCGGUGGUCGUUGAGGUCGGCGAGAAUGAGGCGAGUGUCAUCUACGCAGAUUACGGCAACGCUGAGAAAGUGCCGUUCUCCCGUAUCCUGCCCAUCCCCAUGAGCCUGCUGCAGCUCCCCUUCCAGGUCACCCGGUGCACCCUCAACGGUAACGAACACUUGCCUGCAAACCUUCCGGACCUGCUGUUGAGUGGCUUCCUCGCCACGGUCCAGUCCUUCAAUGGCACUGAAAACGUGCUGACACUCGCUCUGCCCACUGAGAACGGCGGGCGACUCGUCUCCGCCAUGAUCCGGGAUGCCCCGAAGGCCGAGGCCACGAGCAGUCCUCGCACACCCGCCGCCCAGAAGGUCGACCAAACUGACGACCCGGCCUCUGCUGCUGCUGCUGCUGCUGCCGCCGCCGCCGCCGCCGCCGCCGCCACUUCAGCUGCACCUGAGGGCCUCCGGUCCAAAUCUGGAACCCAAAAGGGGCUUGAAAGUACAGCUGCUGCCACCGGCCCCCCCGUGGAUCCAGAGCCGGAACCUCAGACUCCGCAGCAGAAGAAAAACACGUCAGCUGUUGCGCUCAAUGAUCCUCAGACGUCGAGCUGCUGCUGUCUAAAGCUGACCACAAAGAUUGACGACUUGGAGCGGUUGAUGCAGCAGCAGCUUUCUCUCAUCAAACUGUUGGUGGGACAGAAAGAAAUUAGAUUUUAAUUUCAAUAAGUUACAAAGUUAUUCAGAUCAAUCCUGUUCAUUUGUUUCUUUCAUGGAAGUUAACUUUCAAUACAGCAUGUCAUUUUAAUUCUGCCUACCUGGUCCACAUACUGCCAUCCAGGUUUUAAUUUGUUGCUUUCAUUUUAUGUUCACUAAACAGUCACUCUGUUCUGGGCUUUUUAUGUUUUUAACCUGUGGUUAAAUUCCAGUCCUUUUUUUAUUUAGAUGCAUCUCUGUAGGUUUGCAGUGAGUGUUGUUCUCCUUCAGCUGCUGUGCAGAGUUGCCAUCUGUUCCUUAGUUCACUCCUAAUCACCCGUUCAAGAUGGGAUGUCCUGCCUGAUUUAUGUUCAACAUAAAAGCUUCUGUGACAUCAAA